AUGAAAUCAUUAAGGGUUGUAUCAUCUUUAUCAUCAACAUUUUUAUUACAACAAUCAUCAUCUAGAACAACCCAAUCAUUUAGAUUGACAACAUUAGCCAAUAAUAUCCAAAGAUACUCAACAAGUUCAACAUUCAGAGUAAAUAAUCCAAUAUUUAACAGCAGUAGUAAUAACAAUAGAAACAACCCAGCAAUGUCAAAAGCAGGUGUAACUGAAGAAAAUGCAAGUUCUUAA